AUGCUAAUCAAGGUGAAAACGCUCACGGGAAAAGAAAUCGAAUUGGAUAUUGAACCAAACGAUAAGGUUGAACGAAUCAAGGAAAAGGUAGAAGAGAAGGAAGGGAUCCCACCUCCACAACAACGAUUAAUCUUCGCCGGAAAGCAAAUGAAUGAUGACAAAACUGCUACGGAUUAUAAGGUUGCUGGAGGUUCCGUUUUGCAUUUAGUGCUUGCUCUUCGUGGAGGAUGGUUUCAAUAA